CAAUAAUGUAGUAUGCAUAAUAUAUGCUACAGUAUAUUAAAAUUUACUACGGUUAACUCAAGAAAGUACUAAACUAGCCUACACUCCACAAUUUUUUUUUCAAAUGUGUGUUAAAAGCACGUGAAUGUAAUGUGAAAGCUGGGAGGCGUGUGGCUGCGUGCACGCGCGAGAUGCGCUAUCCUUAUAAAUGGCUUGCAAAGGAUCGUAUCAGUUAAACGGCUUACUUCAACCGCAAUAUUUAUGUUAGACAGUCAAAAGUUAUUACAAUAGUUAGUUAGGCUUCAUAAUUUUGUAUUAUUUUGCUGCGGUUGACCUUGGUCAGCGCUGAGUAAUUAAAGCAACUUUUUGUGACCACACGUCACAUUUAUUUUUCGUUGCACUUUGAAAAAAUAAUUCGUAAAUGAUGCGCGUAAAAGAAGUCGCUGUCGUUCUGGUGUUUGCCUGCGUCGCGACACAUUUCCUACAGGCGGACGGCGUCAUAGGCAAAGAGAAGAAGGCACGACCACCUGGCGAGAAAAGGAGAGGAGAAAAGCAGGAUAAUUUUGUUCCAAAAGGAAGAUUUUCUUUGAGGGAAGGAACGAAUUGCACGUGGGUCGCAGCACGCAAGGGUGACAGGUUUAUUUUGGGAGUCACUUGCAAAAACGCUGGAAAUGGUUUCGAGUGCGAGUAUGUAGGGAAGCCCUCCUCCUGUCUGCAAUACUCAUCCAACACUAAAGUAUACUGGAAGCAGAUCACCAGGUCGUUGAAGAAGCAGAAAAGAUUAUGCCGUGAUUCCACGGCGCUGGUUAAAGCGCGCGUGUGCAGGACCGCACCUGAGGAAGCGCACUUCCGGAUGAUGCGUGCGCGUUCCGCAGUCCAGUCACCGUUGUCCGGUUCCCCGAUGGUGGUGGUAAAUAAUCCGUGCCCUGGUCGGGUGGAUAGGCUGAAACUGGCAGAUGAAUACUGCACCAACUCCUGGUCUUCACUAUGUACAUUUUUGUUUCUGAUGGUUGAGAAUGAUGAAUGCGCUUGAGAUGAAGUUUUUUUAUUCCAGUGAUUUAGCCUACUGACGGUUUCUAAAAUGUACAUGAGAAUUUCCCAUUAUCAUUUCUGUUAUAAAAUGUAUUUUGAAAUUAAAAUUUGUAUAUUGUUAAACAAUAAAUG